AUGUACCCGCACCAAGAAUGAUUACAUUAGAACGUCAAUUAUAUCAAAGUGUAUUGAUUAGUUGGAAACCGCCUGAAAUGAAUGCCUUAAAUGAAAAUAAAAUUGUAUCCGCUUAUCACAUCUACGUAGAUGGACAAUUUCGGCUAGCUGUAAUGGCAAAAGAAAAAACUCGUGCACUCAUAGAUAAUGUCGAUGCUGACAAAGUAAACUAA